AUGCUGGUUACAAGAAUAUUGGGUGGCAUCUACCUAUCUUCAAUAUCCCCCUUGAAUGCUGAAGUAGACUUUAAGAGCGAGUUUGGUAUUACUGCUAUUCUUUCUGUGGUUCCCGGACAUAUCAAAGAAAUAUAUACCACCAACUAUAAAUGGAAGCAAAUCGAUGUGACUGAUGAAGAAACUACAAACUUGUUACCCUACUUUAAUGAGUGUUUUCACUUUAUUGAGGAGACUGUUGGUAGUAAUAACGGUAAAGUAUUAGUUCAUUGCUCACAAGGGGUUUCUCGAUCAGUUGCAGUGGUUGUAGCAUACUUGAUGAAGAAGCACAAAUUAAACCUAGAGCAAGCUUUGUAUGCGGUAAAGAGAAAAGUGCCCGAUGCAGAACCCAAUCGAGCAUUUAUUCAACAACUAGAGCUUUAUCAAGCAAUGAAAUAUCAAAUAGAUCCAUUAAAUCGGGAUUACAAAUCAUACAUUGCAACAAUAUCUUUGAAAAAUGAUCCUUCGGGACAAUUAUUACGAGAAACAAUAAUGAACAAGAGAUUUGUAUCAACAAAACAAACGAGUACCUCUUUUGACUUGCGCUGUAGAAAAUGUCGUCAAGUUUUAGCCAAUAACACCCAUAUAGAAAAGCAUGAUAUCCCCGAGGCUGAUUCGCGCCAAUCUCAAUUUAUCAAGACUGCACCAAAUUCAAGAAGAAUUAUAUCAGUUCAAAAGGCAAGUGCAUGUUCGCAUCACUUUUUUGCAGAACCCGUUGAUUGGAUGAGAGAUGAGUUGGAAAAAGCAGAGUUGGAAGGUAAAUUCCAGUGUCCUAAAUGUAGCUCAAAAAUGCAAAACUAG